AAUAUUAUUCUCUUUUCGUCCAUUCUCUCCGUGUUUGUCAACGGCCAGUCUGCGCUCUCCCACAUUACCGUCACCCGACAUUGCGUACUGCUUCUCGAGAGCACUCCCCGAAUGGUACGGCUCACUGUUGGACGACUGUUUUAUAAUACGUGUGCAUCCCUAAUACGCACGAGUGCCAUUGCCAGAAUGGGUGAAGCUCAGGGAUUGACCGAUAAGGAAGCGAAAGAGCUGCUGAAACUUCCCGAUGCCGAGACGAAGGACUUCCUCUUCCAACAAACCAUGUACCGAAUCAAGGAUCCACGUGCAUCCAUUCCGUUCUAUAACGAGGUACUGGGAAUGAAUCUGCUGUGCAAAUUAGAUUUCCCAGAAGCGCAAUUUUCUCUAUAUUUCAUGGGCUAUGAAGACAUUGCCAAACAGCCCGCCGACCGAAAGGAAUGUAUUAAAUGGGCUAUGAGCCGGAAGGCAACCCUCGAACUGACACACAACUGGGGCACGGAGUCGGACCCGGACCAGAAGUACCACACCGGCAACUCGGACCCGCGAGGUUACGGCCACAUCGGUAUCAUGGUGCCGGACGUGACAAAAGCUUGCGAACGGUUCGACCGGCUCGGUGUCGAGUACGUCAAGCGCCCGGAGGAUGGCCGCAUGAAGGGAUUGGCCUUCAUCAAGGACCCCGAUGGCUAUUGGAUUGAGAUUUUCAACGCGUCAAAUGUGGUGUCAUAAUUCUCGGGGGAUAACUAUGUCGAACCGGUGCGGAUGUAUUGAUACCAGCUGAUUUUAUGCGCUUUUGAAUGGAAGCAAAUCACCAGUGCCUAGACACUCUAAAAUACACAAGGAUUUAAUAUGUUUCGGAUACAAGUGACGUUUAUUUAUUCGUUAUUGUCACAUUUUUUAGAGAGUAACUUUAAACAUACAAUAAAAUAAAGCUUUUGAAACUAUAA